AUUCAUUUCUGUAUUUUUUCAUCCAUAUGGUAAUGUGGUGGGAAUGCUUUUCAAGUUCAGGCACAGCAAUCAAGCCCAGAGUAGGAGAGUGGGAGAGGGACAGGGAGCGCAUGGUUGAGAAGGCAGCCUCGGCGAUACAGGGCUUUUGAUUAUAAGAUUGAUUAGGAUGGUGAUAGGAUCUUCCACAUGAUUUCAUGACAUUUAUGUCAUCAUGUUGAUGUGGUACAUUGUGCAGUCAGCGACAGUGUGUGUGCAUGAAAGUGAGACAGACAUCAAGAUGUGUUUGUCUGCGUGUGGUUCAGCUUAUUUAGCUAGCCAAAGCACACAACUUUGAACCAACAAAGUUAAAAAAAAACCAACUCAUUCAAAUAGAUUCAGUGAAUUAUUUUUUAGAACAUACAGCACAUAUACGUGUUUAGCAUUUCACAUUUCAGCCUGUACACCCACGCACUGGUUAAAAUUCAAACUUUAUGACUGAAACUGCCACUGAGCACAGGAGAGAACAUCUGACUGGAUUAAUGAACUUUGUUUGAUGAUAUGCAAUAAAAGAAAAACCUCAGUGACAUCACGUUCACUGCUGCACUGUUUUGGCACGGUACAGGUCAGGGGUUUGGGCUUGAACCAACUCAUUCAUAAACCUUAAGUCACACAGUAAAAAUGUCAACAGUGUAUAUGAAUUAUGCUCCCAUGUGUUUGUCCUAUUAGAAACAGAAAAUGGAAGAGCAGCAGUGUGAUAUGAAUUUCAUUGUGUAAGCUUGCAGACCACUAAAGGAUCAGCUGCUGCGAACUGCUAGCCAGCACUACUACAUGAAGGAGUAAAUAAAUUUGAACUUUCUACCGGUUCAGUCAUCUGCCUCACAUUUCUGACUGUCUGCUCUGGUGUGCUUCACGUUCAAAACAGCCAGCAUGCACAAUCGAUCUGUGGAUCUGAUAUCAAUCAGCCAGUGGGAAUAAGGAGAGAGGAUGACACGCUUGAUUGACAGCUGCCUCAUUAGUGUAAGGACAAGGAAAUACAGAAAUACAAAAAAAUAAUGAAGGAAUAAAAAUAUUCAUGAAUACAAAGACAGAAAAGGCACUGUGGCUUAGUGGUUAGCACUGUUGCCUUGCACCUCCAGGGUUGGAGAUUCGAAUCCUUCCCCCGCCCUGUGUGUAGUGAGUGUGCGUGUUCUCCCUGUGCUUCGGGAGUUUCCUUCAGGUACUCCGGUUUCCUCCCCAGUUGAAAGACAUCCGUUGUAGGCCGAUUGGCAUUUCUAAAUUGUCCAUAGUGUGCGUGGGAUUGUGCCCUGAGCUAUAACUCUCAUGUGACCUUUACACUAAAUCCACUGUUGUUUCUUCUCCAUGCACUCUUUGUCCAGAGGGAGCACUUCAUACACAGCAAAUAUUACUGAUGCACCAGAACUGUUCUUGUUAAUGGGACUUUUAGCCGAGAUGUUCUGUUUUAUGAUGUGAACACUAAUAGAAAUACUUUGAUUAAUCUCACUCCCAUUAUGUAAGAUAAGAUAAUCCUUUAUUCGUCCCAAUGGGGAAAUUUGCAUAAUAGCGUGUGAAACUUCAGACACAAAGGCCAACGGUUCUGAAGUUCACGUCUUUCAAUUAAUUGUUUCAUUGCUACCUUAUUUUGACAACCAGAAUAAAUACAAACAUAAUACAGUACUUUCAAUAGAAUAUUUACAUAGCCUGUACAGUAGUUUAACUGUAAGCUUAAUAAGGCCUGAGAUUACAGUUUACAAACAAGCAUUAGUCAUUACCAUGUUUACUUUUUUUUUAAACCUGAAACUCCUCUCUGUACAAACACACUCAUAUCACGACCAAAAUGCACUAUAACUAUCAAAACACCACAAACACUUCUCAAAAUCACGUCUCACGUCUCUACCGAAAAAAGAUCAUUGAGUUGACUUGAUUCAGAUGUGUCCAUCGGUUUCAUACGAAUUAAUUGAGUUAUGUUAGUACAAUUAGUUUUUGUGCAUCCAACAUGAUUCGAUCACAUAUUUUCAAAGUCCUGGAAUAAAAUCAAAUACUGCAAACUCACCGAAACUCAAGAUCAAACCCAAAUCCUCGGUGUUGUGAAGCAGCAACAUUACCCACUACAGUAUCAUGCCAUACCUGAUUUAAGUUAAUUUAAUACUAUAGUCAUUACUUCCUGUGAGUGCCAACAUCCUCGCAAGAUUUUAUAAUCACAUUAAUACUAUGUGAAUUGAUCACUUACUGUACAAAAUUCAAGCUAGUAGAUUAUACAUUAGUUUAAAUUAAAUUUAGCAUAUACACUGAAAUCAUGUUUUGAAGAGAAACAUACUAUUUUUAUGUAAACUAUAUGUAAUAUCUCUUAAAUCUGACUAACCACACAUUUUCAGUGUAGACUCUUACUAAAAAACAAACAAAAAAACCCACUACCACUACAUUUCUACAUUUCUGCACCAGGAACACUUUGCCAAUCAGAGCACAAUGAAAAAACCACUAGUGCAUUAUAGUGCACUAUAUAAUAUUUAUACCACAAUGCUGUUGAAUUCUCAGAUCUGAUGGUGUGCAUUCAUUUACUCCAACAGCACAGCUCUGACAGUAAUUCAGGCUGUAAUAUAAAUGACAUGUGUAUAUUAAUGCGCUCAUUUUAAUGUCAUCUAUAGUAGUAGCUCACUCACAGGGAAUCACAGCUUCUUGUAUGGCAGACGCUCCUCAAAGUCUAAGGCUAAAAAUAAACAGAUAAAUAAGUGUUAUUUUUUAUGUGAAGUUUUCUGUAAGAAGAUGUUUAUGUAACAUUUAUGGGAAGAGUCUCAGGUAUCAGCGCUUUGUAACAGUCAGUAAGUGUCCACCACAGACAGUCUUCAAGAGAGAGGACUUUGCUCUUUCCGGUUUCUCUGUAACAUAAGCUGCAAGACAAAAGAAAAAUGGUGAAGGAAUGACUGUUUAUAGCUGCUAUAAUGUAAGUAAUAACAGGAACUAACUUGUCUUAUGUAUGAUGCACAACAUUAACCAUAACAAUAAAUGGUAAAUAUAAAAAGCGUUCAUUAAAAAAAAAACAACACUUGUAAUCAUUGGCAAAUUGCUAUUUUAUAAGAGCAGUAAUACACUUCAGGAUUGUGCUCUUAUACAAACAUAAUUCACUUCAGGGUGGUAACGUAUCAAACCGUCAUGGAUUCUUUUUCUAUAACACCGUUUUGUAUUUUAUCCUUUGCAUACUGAUGACCUAAUAAAAUUAGUAUUUUCUUAGUUUUGUAUUGCAGUUAUUUAUUUUCAUGCGGUCGAUAGUUUAUUUUCAGUUACAAACAGACUGGCACAUCAUAAUUGUACAGAGAAUACCAUAUAAAAGAAACAAAGCCAAAAAUUGAUUUGAUCAUCAACUUUCCGUCUCUUCUAUGUGGUUAAGUGAUAGUAAAUAAUGAAGUCAAUAAAAACUGACUCCAUUCUGAAUGAAGUGUAACUCAGUAUGUGACUGCAAAAUAACUAGCUGAUCUGCAUGGUUGCUUACCUGUUUCAUUACAGACAUCAAGAGUUUACUGGAGUUAAGUUUUUAAAAUACUGACCAUUUCAUGUUCAUGUAAGAUUACUCAACCGAGCACCUUUCAUGCUUGUUUUUAACCAAUUUGUUAAAACUAGUUUUACAAUGACAAACAAAAUGACAAUGUUAAGCACAACAAAGUGAAUAAAUAGACCCAAUUUUACAAGUAAUGAAGCAUUUAGUAUAGUUCUUCCUUCACUGUUCUCAAAUGGAGUUAAUGCAUCAUUAAUUUGUUCGAUUGCUGAAAGAGUGGAAAGAGGCAGACACUGGAGGGGUGUUUGUGGUGUGUGUGUGUGUGUGUGUGAUGAACAAGAAGGAUAAGGCACCCAGGCCUGAAUGUUAGAUCUGCCCUUCACUAGUAGGACCUUUGAUUAUGACUGUAAUCAUUAUAUCUGCUCAGCAUGUCUCCUUUCAUGAACUAGCUCACACACAUUAUAUAUGAAGCUAAGGUUAAUGAGAGUGUUUCAGUCUUAUUACUGGCAUGGCUUAUGUUUUUGGCUUAUUAGACCUAAUGUUAAAACAUGUUUCAUAAAUAAACUGGCUAUGGGAAAUGAGGCCUGGGUUACGUGCAUUGACUACAUUAUUGAACGUUAAAUGUUUCAAAUAACCAAAUGUGCUGUGCCCUAAUAAGAGAGAAGACAGUAACUGCUCUGUAACAGAAAAGAAAUACCUUACACCUGGUUUCCCUAUCAUGAUAAAAUAGUAUAAUUAAGCUGUAACAAUUAUCCGUGUGGCAGGAUAUGACCGUAACAUAACAAAAUGUACAGAUAUUGCAGUGCUGACAUUUGUUCUAAAGAAUAAUACAAUAUAUUUUUCCCCCUCAUUUUAAGAACUUAAGUUAAUGAUCUUACCAGUGGUGCCAACAUCUAAGAUUUAUCCAUAGCAUUUUGGGGGUUUUGGCCAGCUAGAGCAAUAGAUACCAGAAACUACUCUUUUGUGCUUUCUCAGCUAGAUGCAAAUAAAAUUCAUCUAGCCGGGAAAGCUAGUUCACUGAAGGGGAAAGAACAUAGGAUUUGAAAGACAAGGAUUUGCUUGCGGUAGUGAUUACUUUCACUUCGUGGCAUGCUGACUUCAUCUAGAUGAACUUUGACCUGUGAAUUCACAAGCCUUGGUCUUGUGAGGCAACAGAACACAAUACGUUGGGACUGUGGGCUUUGUGGUCAGUAAAUAAAUGGAGGAGCUGAUUAUAAAGUAGCGGUCAUAAAGGGCCCUUGCCUCAGUGGUUUUUAAUUUAUUUAUUUUUUAAACAGUUGCUUGGUUAACCCUUUGGUCUUUCCAAAAUCAAAUGCCAUCAGGACUGGCUAAUUUUGAAUCAUCAGCAAGAAAAACAGCACAGUGAAAAUCUGGUGUGGCAGUGGCUUAGACACCCACCAGGACAUAGUGUUAAGCCAUUCACCACGGUGUUAUUCCAUAAUCAGUUUGUCUACAUGCUGCCAAAAAAGUCUGGUUGGAUCUGAGUGUAUUUUGCAUUUUUGCACAGGGUGGAUUACGCUGGGUGUCACCUUUUAAUCUUUCAAUAUGUAGACUUCAUAAUUUUUAUUAUUUAAAAUUACUAAAUAUUUUGUGUUCCUAGUUAAUUGAUUUGUUCAAUAUUUUCCUGUCAUGUCAGUAAUAAAUGUGUAAAGGCCAUUUUUUCUGUAUACUGAUGGUCAGAUCGACAAAAAAAGUCAAUUAAUCAACACUAUAUAUAUAUAUUUACAGUAUAUUAGACAGAUGUGCAGUAUAAUAUCUGGCACUGUUUGAACUGCAGUGAGCGUAUACGCUCAGCUGGUAGCUUAAAAUCCAAACAUUUCUGCAGCUUACAGUUAAAUAUUAGUUUGAACAAUAAAUGUUUUAUCAUUUAUGCUGUUAUCAUGGAGCCGUCCCGUCCACAGACGCUCCCUAGGGUUUUUGUGGUAAUUGUUUUUUCUCUCCGCCUGCUAGGAUUAUCUUGUUAGCAAUGUUGGCAGCUCUGUGCUUCUCUUUUCUGUCUGCUAUCUCUUUUGUCAGUUACUUUAGCCCUCAGGGUAGGGUAGUGUUCAUCCACCUGAUACCGGCUCCAGACCCACCUGCCCGAAGUAACGUUAUGAGCAAUAAGCGACAAUACUUAGAAACAGGUUUGGCCUCUCUGUCACUCUCAUCUGACUGAAUGAGCCAACAAACAAUAAACCCAGCAAUCAGGUACCAGUCUCUGGAGUCUCUCGCACUGAAGUGCAGACAGAGAAAUCUAAUUUAAAACUGAGUUAAUGUAAAGAAGUGCAUCCUGGUUUUCUGUCUCUGACCUGUGUCGAGUCUGGAUGAUGUUGGGGUCCAGGAGAAGGAACACGAUUACCAAGAGGUUCAGCCUGCCACAAGCGGUCCUACUUAAAAUCAAUCUGUGGAAAAACGAUGGCAGAAUCUCUCAAACCUCUAACACAUUAGAGUCUACUCACUUGACCCAUUCAUUACACCUGUCCCCUCUUUCUGCACUUCUAAAGAACAGCAGAAUGGAUGAGCAGAGAUGCACACUUCCACCUCCUCUUAAAACGGAAGAAGACUAUAUUCCUUAUCCAAGUGUUCAUGAGGUGCUGAAACGUAAAGCCCCGUUUCCACUGAUUCUGUUGCCACAGUUUGGUGGUUACUGGAUUGAGGGGACCAAUCACGAGCUUAGUACCAUCCCAGCACAUGAGGAGCCACCCCCAUGUCCAGCUUCCCAGAUUAAACUGGAGAGCAAUAGCAUAGCCAAAAUCUAUAGGAAACAUUUCUUGGGCAAGGAGCACUUUAAUUAUUACUCUGUGGACACAGUGCUUGGCCACCUUGUCUUCUCAGUGAAGUAUGACGUGAUUGGGGACCAAGAGCACCUCCGCUUAGUGCUUAGGUCAAAGUUUAAAACCUACCAUGAUGUGAUACCCAUUUCUUGCCUGACUGAGUUCCCCAACGUGGUGCAAAUGGCGAAGCUUGUGUGUGAAGAAGUAAACGUGGACAGAUUUUAUCCAGUCCUUUACCCAAAGGCUUCCAGACUCAUCGUAACCUUUGAUGAACAUGUCAUAAGCAACAAUUUCAAGUUUGGAGUCAUCUAUCAGAAGUUUGGGCAGACAUCAGAAGAGGAGCUCUUUGGGAACAAUGAGGAGAGUCCAGCCUUUACUGAGUUCCUGGAGUUUUUGGGGGAGAAGAUUGAGCUACAUGACUUUAAAGGGUUUCGUGGGGGUCUUGAUGUUGCACAUGGCCAGACUGGAACUGAGUCAGUGUAUCACAAUUUCCACAACAAGGAGAUUAUGUUCCAUGUGUCCACCAAACUACCCUACACUGAAGGAGACUCACAGCAGCUGCAGAGGAAGAGGCAUAUAGGAAAUGACAUUGUGGCUAUUGUGUUUCAAGAGGAAAACACACCAUUUGUACCAGAUAUGAUUGCAUCCAAUUUCCUGCAUGCUUAUGUGGUGGUGCAAGUGGAGAAUGCCUGCACAGAUAACGUCCUUUACAAGGUAUCAGUGACUUCGAGAGAUGAUGUGCCUUUCUUUGGGCCUGCUCUCCCAGACCCAGCCAUUUUCAGAAAAAGUCCAGAGUUCCACGAGUUCCUCCUGACAAAACUCAUCAAUGCUGAAUAUUCCUGCUAUAAGGCAGAGAAGUUUGCUAAGCUGGAGGAGAGAACACGCUCUGCACUGCUGGAGACAUUGUAUGAGGAGUUGCAUGUGAACAGCCAGUGCAUGAUGGGACUGGGGGGAGAAGAUGAGAAACUGGAGAACGGAGGAGGUGGAGGUGGUGGUUUCUUUGAGUCCUUUAAGAGAGUAAUUCGCAGUCGGAGUCAGUCUAUGGAUGCUAUGGGCCUGAGCAACAAGAAGCCCCACACUGUCUCUACCAGCCACAGUGGCAGCUUUACCCAUAAUCCCCCAGAUAUCCAUAAAACACCCGGCAUUUCUCUGAUCAUCCCGGGGAAGAGCCCAACCCGAAAGAAAUCAGGUCCAUUUACUUCCAGAAGGAGCAGUGCAAUCGGCAUUGAGAAUAUUCAGGAAGUCCAGGAGAGAAGCAGUAGGGACGUGUCUCCCAGCACGCAAAAGAUACCCGAUAGUGGUCAUGCCUUGCAUGAGCCCAAUACUGACAACUCUCCCAAUCACAGUUCGCCUGAGAUGCAUACCACAAGAACUAGUGCGGCCCUAUGCUGUAGAGCCCCCUCCAUUCCGGAGUCGUACGAUCUGUCUCGGUCCUCGUCCAAUGCCAGCAGCUUCACUAGUGUGGUGGAGGAGAACGACCAUGAGCAGGAAGCUAUGGAAGACUACGACACAGGACUGGAAAGCCUGUCUUCUGCCGGUACCCCUCAGAAGCGGAGCUCAUUCAGCUGGUUGGACGAAAGCAUAAGCAGUGCUAGGCAAAACAGCCCACCAGUUGUCUCUCGACAGCUGUCUGAUCCCAUUCGACCCAGAACAGAAAGACAACACUUUGCUUCGAACUGCUAGGCUUUCUCCUCAAAUUACUUCAUGAAUGUCCAUCAGCAGCAGCUCCUAAAGAGCUUAAAGCCAGCUCGUCUGGAGACCCAGUGCAGAAGGAGAGCUGUCAGUCACAGGGCCUUUGGCCAGGAAUCUCAUCCCUGUUUUAAGGAUUUGCACCAUUUUGUUUGUAUCAUGUGACUGAACAUGCUUCCCAGCAUGCCUUUAGGCUUCAGCAGGUUACGAAGGCUGUCUGUUACACAGGUGCCAAAUGGUAACAGCCUGAGGCUUAUUAUUGAUUGCAUUUCUAAUGGUUAUUUGUCUGCCUGCAAAACCAGCAAAGGGUGUUAUGGCUUUAACCAGAAAUUUCACACCUUAUCUGUCUUUAUUUUUCUCUGUUUCUAUCUGUUUAUCACUUACUGUUUUUCUUUCACUAAUUCUGUGGCUUCCACGUGGCAUUAAGCACAACACACUUUACUGGUGGCUCUAAUUUUGUCUACUUCUUUGUUUGGUGUAUUUAUUUAUUCAAGAUCAUAAUAGCAGGCAGAGGUCAGAUUGCCACUCACAGGUACACAGCGGCCCAGGAAAAAUGACAUUCUAAAAAGAAUAAUUCAAAGAUUCAAACAAGUACACCACAGAACUGAACAUACUUUUCUGUGCUGGAAAACACCCAUGAAUGAACACAUACAGCAGUGUAACAGAAUUAUGUGUAAGCUUUUCUCUUCUUUUUUAACAGCAGUACAUUUUGUAUUAUUUUCAUCAGUUUUGUGAUUCUGUGAAUAUCUAUAAAUGUUAUUUGUUGUUAAAUGAACUGACUUGUGCUGGAAUAUACAAACCAUUUACUAUCUUGUCAGGUGAGUAAUUGUUUAUAACAAGUAAUGCUAUGUAUAAUAACUUAUACUAUUUAUUUAAUUUUUAAAAAGUAUUUAUGGGUGUUUUUAUGCACAAUAUACUUUUCACAACAUUGAUUUCUGCAGUAUUUGUAUUUGCAUUGGGAAGUUCAGACUUUUAGAUUGUGAUGGAUGUAGUGUGCAGUUACACACACGUGACUGUUUUUAUUAUUUCUGCAGAGCACUUGAGGUUGAAAUUAUUCACUGUGCUGUCUACUGUGAGAUGUUCUCAAGUUGCCUUCUAUAGCUUUAUGUGCUCUGUGUGAAACCCUACUGCAUCCUACAGGAGGCAUCAGUAAGCUUUUGAAUGUAAAUAAUAGCAAGAUUGGGUAAUUAUAUGAUAUUUGAUAAAAGAAAAAGACUAAACACAUAGUUAACGAAAUCCUCUAGCAUGUUUCAACCUAACCUCUAUCUACAACAUUGAUUAAUCGCUGUGAACAAUAAUUUCAACACAUUUCCCUAUAUUGAGGAAGGAACAUAAAACCUGUUUACCUGAAACUCACUUCUAACGGAACUGUGGGGGCAGUCAAUAAUCGUUUAAAGUACACUAUAUUAAACUAUAUUAUGCAAUUUUAAAACUAUAAUGAAACCAUUCUCCAAAAAUACACACACACAAAAAAAAAAAAAAAAUUGCUGACUAUCCCUACAACUGCCCUUAGACAUGCAUUAUACAUGACUUUUUUUUUUUUUAAUUAAACAGGUUUUAUGGUAUUUUCCAUACAGGGAGAUGUAUAAAAUUAUAGUGUAUGUGGUAAUUUUACGCUUGUUUCAUAUACAGUAAAUAGAGAUUAGGUUGAAUAAUGUUGAAGUGUUUCUUUAAAAAAAUACAUUCUCAGCUAUCACUUCUAUAAAAAAUUAAGGUUUAAUCUACUUUUACUUUAUUGCUGCUGUGAUAUUUGGUUAACUGUAAAAAUCAUGUUUUUUUUUUCAUCAGGCAGCUGUAUUUAUCUUGAACAUUUCUUUUGUCUAUCAAUUAUGUAAUUUAUGGUUUGUACAGUAUAAAAAUAACAUUUUGAUUAAAUAUAAGUACCCCCAUUAUUGCUACUACCUGGUGGAAUUCAAGGUUUGCGUAAUGUUCAGUUCCAGAUUUGUGUGUAUUACUGAACAGCAAAUUUUUGUUUUGAAGUGAAAUCGCUUGUGUCGGUGCUGCGAGGAAAAUGGUUGAAUUUUUUUCUGCAUUUUGCUGAAUCUUUCAAAGUGAAAAGUGUGCCCUCCAGUGCUAAGGCCUUGUUAGUACAUUGUCGUUGUCAAAUUGCUUAUCAAACUGUUGUUUAUCGAGUAUGCUUGCACAUAUCACAAGUUGCCCUUUAGCACAAAUUCAUUUCCAACAGGCUGAUAUUACUAAAUAAAAAUUAUUGUACGUGUUUCCUUUGACCACAAAGGCUUAGCGUGAUAUUUCACUGUGAAUAACAAAACCCUUGUUUUUUUGUAAAAUAAAUCCUGUUUAAUGAAGGUGACAA